GGGCAGAACAAUAAUAAUAAUUUCGUCAAUAAUUUCACAUGAAUGCCCAAGGCUCUGUGUCAGCUACUGAUCAGAAAGCUGCAGGCUGCGCGUGACCAGAUCACGUGUUCGCCACCCAAGUCAGUGUGUAGCUCGUCAUUCAAUUUCAAGCAUGGCUGAAGCAGGAGCAGAAGCGGAGCCGACGAAAUUAAUAGCAAAGAAAAACAGCACGUCGGUCAUUUGGCAGUAUUUUGGAUUUGAGGCCAGUGAUGAACACCAGAAACAGGUGUUGUGCCAAACAUGUCGUGUAAAAGUGGCUACAUCGGGUGGCAAUACCACCAAUUUACAUCGCCACUUGAGAAUUCACCACCUGAACUUGUAUGAUGAGUGCAUGGCGAAAAAGAACUGUGAAACAUCAAGCAGCAGCGAUACUUCGGCAAAACAGCCAACAAUAACAUCAUUGUUCGCCAGUGUGACGCCUUAUGAAAGAACUAGCCGAAGACACAAGGAGAUUACCACUGCCCGACUUACAUAUCGAAGGACAUGGUGUCUGUAAACACCGUGACCAAAGACGCAUUUAAACGUUUGCUACGCACAAUGGAUAAGAGGUAUGUUCUGCCCUCCCGCACAUACUUCAAUCAAGUUGCCAUCCCACAGCUCUACGCAGAAUGUAAUGCCAAAGUUGUAAAUGAGCUGGAAAACACGGAGUUUUAUGCGUCAACUACUGAUCUGUGGUCAAGCAGAACGACCGAGCCCUACAUGAGUUUGACCGUGCAUUUCGUCAACGCCAACUUCGAGUUGUGUAGCCGCUGCCUGCAGACAGCAUACUUCCCCACUGACCAUACCGGGGAGAAUAUUGCCAUGGGGCUGAAGGAGUGCUUGGCCAACUGGGGUCUAAAAGAAGAGGCCCAGACGUGCAUAACAACAGACAACGCUUCAAAUAUGGUCAAAGCAAUGGGACUUAACCAAUGGACCAGACUGCAGUGCUUUGGACACAGGCUGCAUCUUGCAAUUGAAAAUGCUGUCAAAGAUGAGCAAAGAAUCAAACGGGCCACAGGACUUUGCAAGCAGCUGGUUGCGGUCUUCACUCACAGCUGGAAGAAGAAGGCGGCACUAAAACAGGCACAGCAAGACUUGAACCUACCUCAACAGUCACUGGUCACUGAAUGUCCGACACGAUGGGGCUCCGGGCAGAAAAUGAUUGGGAGGGUGUUGGAGCAGAGCAAGGCACUGUGCCAGGUUCUGUCUGAAGACAGGAAGACGCGGCACCUGGUCCCCACUUGGCAAGACACAGAUGUCCUUGAAUCUGUAAACAAUGCCCUCGGUCCUCCUCAGGAGUUCAAAGACGCCCUCUCAGGUGAGGACUACGUAAGCGUGUCAUACCUGAAGCCAGUGCUCCAUCUCCUCAGAACAGCAACGCUUGCUGAAACUGACCAGGACACGAAUCUCACCAAGGAGAUCAAAUCAAGAGCUCUCCACUACAUUGAAGAGAAAUACAGCGACCCAGUGACACAGGAGCUCUUGGACAUCACAUCCUUCCUUGAUCCAAGAUUCAAGAAGAGCUACAUAAGUGAAGAGAAUGUCCCAUACAUCAAAGACAGAGUGAAGAUGGAAAUGGAACAGGUGGCACAAAAGUUGUGUGUCACAACCCAUCCCAUGCCCCUGAGUGCAGAAGAAGAACCACCAUCCACCUCUACAAAGCGAAAGCGGUCACUGGGCAGCUUUUUCAAGACCAAGGCGGUCCCUGCUUCCUCUACUGUGCAGUUGGAGGAUACCAUUAAAGCAGAACUGGACAACUACCUCAUAACUCCUACCAUUGAUGGAGAGCAAGAUCCACUGGCCUGGUGGAGAGUGCACAAUGUCAACUUCCCAUGGCUUAGCAAGUUGGCUCGUAAGUACCUUUGCAUACCAGCAACGAGUGCACCAUCAGAGAGACUGUUCAGUGCCAGUGGCAAUAUUGUCACAUGUCAGCGUGCAAGUCUGAAGCCAGCAAAGGUUGACAUGUUGGUUUUCUUGGCCAAAAAUCUGGGGAAGGGGAAGAUUUAUUGAUUUUUGUUGUUGUUCUUCUGCACCUUACCCUGACAUGUCUUUGUUCCAUUAAAAAAGGUGUUCACUCUUUUUUACUUAUCUUUUGUUUACCGACUAGAUGUUAAAUAAUUUAACCAGUUGGACAUCUUUUGUUGAUGAGGAAACUGUAGGGUCAUUUAAACUUUUUUAAUUAUUAUUAUUUAUUUUUACUACCUUUACAUUUCACUUCCUCUUGCCACUUUAUUUGAAGAAGAAGCACAGGUUUCUGAAUACACGGGUUGAAUAUCUGUAACUGCUGCUGAUGUUGAGGUUCAUAAGCUAGCUCCUUUGAGCCAUUUUGCACUACUUUUAAGGUAAGACUUCUUUUUUUUGCUCCACUUUGUUGUUACACUGAAACUUGUUUCAAUAAAAAAAAUCGUGGUUGAAAUCGAAAUCGCAAUCUCUGCCAGAAAAAUCGCAAUUUCAAUUUUUUCUUAAA